UACUAAUUGAUUUCCCUGCUUCCUCUCAAGUUCAGAGCAGCCUGACAGGCACCAGAGCCAGAAUGAAGACCCGGGCCCCUGCCCGCACCUCAGGCAUUAUGCUCAUCCUGCUCCCGCUGCUGGCUGUCCUCCAGCCCACCACUGCCCAAAAGAAUGGCAUCGACAUCUACAGCCUCACUGUGGACUCCAGGGUCUCAGCCCGAUUUGCCCACACGGUCAUCACCAGCCGGGUGGUCAACAGGGCCGACUUGAUGCAAGAGGCCACCUUCCAGAUGGAGCUCCCCAAGAAAGCCUUCAUCACCAACUUCUCCAUGGUCAUCGACGGUGUGACCUACCCCGGGAACAUCAAGGAGAAGGCUGUAGCCCAGGAGCAGUACCAUGCAGCCGUGGCCAGGGGAGAGAGCGCCGGCCUCGUCAGGGCCACUGGGAGAAAGAUGGAGCAGUUCCAGGUGUCAGUCAGCGUGGCCCCUGCUGCCAAGGUCACCUUCGAGCUGGUGUACGAGGAGCUGCUCCAACGGCAUCUGGGGGCAUAUGAGCUGCUGCUGAAAAUCCGGCCUCAGCAGCUGGUCCAGCACCUGCAGGUGGACAUUCACAUCUUCGAGCCUCAGGGCAUCAGCUUCCUGGAGACAGAGAGCACCUUCUUGACCAACCAGCUGGUGGACGCCCUCACCAGCUCACAGAACAAGACUAAGGCUCACAUCCGGUUCAAGCCGUCACUAUCCCAGCAGCAGAAGUCUUCAGAGCAGCAGGACACGGUCCUGGAUGGCAGCUUCAUCAUCCGCUAUGAUGUGAACCGAACCCUCUCCGGGGGCUCCAUUCAUAUCGAAAACGGCUACUUUGUGCACUACUUUGCCCCUGAGGGCCUGCCCACAAUGCCCAAGAAUGUGAUCUUCGUCAUUGACACUAGCGGCUCCAUGAGUGGCAAGAAAAUCCAGCAGACCCGAGAAGCCUUAAUGAAGAUCCUGGAUGACCUCAACCCCAAAGACCAGUUCAACCUCAUCAUCUUCAGCAGUGAAGCGACCCAGUGGAAGCCCUCGCUGCUGCCAGCCUCGGCCGAGAACGUGAAUGAGGCCAAGAACUACGCUGCCAGCAUCCAGGCCCGGGGCGGGACCAACAUCAACCAGGCCGUGCUGAAUGCUGUGAAGCUGCUGGAGGAGAGCAACCGGGCAGAGCUGCUGCCCAGUGGGAGCGUUGCGCUCAUCAUCCUCCUCACUGAUGGGGACCCCACUGUGGGUGAGACCAACCCCUCAAGGAUCCAAGAGAAUGUGCGGGAAGCCAUAGGCGGCCAGUUCAGCCUCUUCUGUCUGGGCUUUGGCUUUGAUGUCAACUAUGCCUUCCUGGAGAAGCUGGGGCUGGAGAAUGGCGGCCUGGCUCGGCGCAUCUACGAGGACUCAGACUCCGCCCUGCAGCUCCAGGACUUCUACCAGGAGGUGGCCAACCCACUGAUGACGGCAGUGGCCUUUGAAUACCCCAGCAGUGCCGUGGAGACAGUCACUCAGGACAAAUUCCGGCUCCUCUUCAAGGGCUCAGAGAUGGUGGUGGCCGGGAAGCUCCGGGACCAGGGCCCUGAUGUGCUCUUGGCCAAAGUCAGCGGGCGAGUGAAUAAGCAGAAUUUCACCUUCCAAACGGAGUCCAGAGUGGCGGAGAAGGAGGAGGAGUUCCAGAGCCCCAAGUACGUCUUCCACAACUUCAUUGAGCGACUCUGGGCAUACCUGACCAUCCAGCAACAGCUGGAGCAAAUGGUUUCCGCGCCCGACGCCGAGCAGCAGGCCCUCAAGAACCAAACUCUGAGCUUGUCGCUCAAAUACAACUUCGUCACCCCUCUCACAUCUAUGGUGGUCACCAAACCUGAAGGCCAAAACCAGUCUCAAGUUGCUGAGAAGCCCGUGGAAGGUGGAAGCAGACAUAAAGACCUCCCAUCAGGAGUUGGUCACACUGUCUUCAGAAGUCACCACGUGGUAGACUCAGGGGCCAGAAUAAUAGGAGGCGGCGCUGCGGAAGCUCUCCUCACGGGAAGAGGAGGAGUGAGCGGACAAGCCGGAUUUAGAAAGAAAUUAACCAGUUUCCCAACGAUGACCGAACUCCUUGGGCCUCCUCUUGCUCCAGCUCCUCCUCCCUUCCACCAUCAUACCCAGUUAACGCUGUCAAACGUAGUGUUAGCAACAGCCGCGACAGCCUCAGGCCCAGCCCCCACCCAGGCUCCUCACGCCAUCCUGCCACUGCCCGGGCAGAGCGUGGACCGGCUCUGUGUGGACUUCAGACACUCCCAGGGGCCAGUGAACCUGCUCUCAGACCCUGACCAAGGGGUGGAGGUGACAGGCGAGUAUGAGAAGAAGAAGGAUCAGUUCUCAUGGAUCAAGGUGGCCUUCAAGGACCCCCUGCUGCAGGUCCAGGCAUUCCCUGAACAUGUGGUGGUGAUUCAGAACCAAAGAAGCUCUGCUUACAAGUGGAAAAAAACACUGUUCCUGGUGAUACCCGGCCUAAAGAUGACCAUGGACGAGGCCGGCCUCCUGCUGCUCAGUAGUCCACACAAAGUAACCAUCGGGCUGUUGUCCUGGGAAGGCCCUGGGGCAGGCCUCCGGCUCCUUCUGCGGAACACUGACCGCUUCUCCAGCCACGUCAGCGGGCUCCUCGGCCAGUUUUACCAGAACCUGCUCUGGGAGCCCCCAGCAGCGGCGGAUGACAGCAAGCGAACACUGAGGGUUCAGGGGAAUGAAUACACUGCCACCAGAGAGCUCAAGCUGGAUUACCAAGAGAGGCCCCCAGGAACGGAGAUUUCCUGCUGGCGUGUGGAGCUGUAGGUGUGAUGGGAAGAGCUGGCCCUCAUGCCUCUCGCUGCCCCUGCUGCCAGGGCAGAAACAACCUAAAUGUGGCAGAAGCAGUCACAGGGCCACCGGUGUGACGUGGACCGUGAUGGGGAGGGGCUUCCUGCGCAUUACAAAUAAAGAAGGGUAGCCUGAG